AUGGCGUCUAUUGCACGAGGCAGGCCAUCACGGCGCUCCGCCGCCGCGCGGAAGAGCUAUGUGGCCGAAGAAACAUCAGAAUCAGAGGACCCGGGCAACGUUACCCCCACCCCAUCCCAUCAUGACGAGGAGGACGAAGAGGCCGAAGAAGAAUACACGCCGGUACCAAAGAAGUCGGCUGCACCAAAGAGAGCAUCACGCCGACGAACGACGUCCGAGGCCCCGGCCGCACAAGCUCCCCGCAGAUCGCGACGGUCGAAGACGGCAGAGACAAUGGAGACCUCUAUGAUCGCGGAUGUGAGCGAGGAAGGCGACUCCGUCGCUACCGCGCAAGAUGAAUCCGAAUCCUCCUCACCGAACACGGCGAUUAAGCGCAAGAGUAUGGGGCAUGAAGAGCCCGAAUCGCCUUCACGUACCGCGGCAAUGAAAAGAAAAAAGCCUUCGCUUUCGCCGCAGCCUCAACCGCGUUCCCAGCGAGAUAGUGUUCCCCCGCUCGCCGAUAUCACGGAUUCCGCGGUGAACCAGACCCCAGCGAAGCCCGCCGAGGAUCCGAAGUCGCAGAUCUCCAUCAUCAACCCGAAUACCACCAUCUUAGAGAAGCCGAUGGACAUCAUGCUAAAGUCGCGGACCCUCGGGCCUAGCGUGCCUGAGGAGCCUCAAGGUCCCAAGAGUCGCCUCAUGAUUACUACGUUAGUUCUCAAUAACUUCAAGAGUUACGCAGGAAAACAAGUAGUAGGGCCGUUCCACGCUUCGUUCUCCUCCGUCGUCGGCCCCAACGGAUCCGGAAAAUCAAACGUUAUCGACGCGUUGCUAUUUGUCUUCGGAUUUCGAGCCAGCAAAAUGCGACAGGGCAAGAUAUCCGCUUUGAUCCACAACUCUGCCAGUCACCCGGACCUUCCAUUCUGUGAAGUCGAGGUUUAUUUCCAAGAAAUCAAUGAUCUCCCCGGUGGAGAGCAUGAGGUUGUACCAGAUUCCCAACUGAUUAUCUCUCGCAAGGCGUUUAAGAACAACACCAGCAAAUAUUACAUGAACGGCAAAGAGACGAACUUUACAGCGGUCACUACCUUGCUUCGUGAGCGCGGAAUUGAUCUCGACCAUAAACGUUUCUUGAUUCUUCAGGGUGAAGUCGAGUCCAUUGCCCAGAUGAAACCCAAGGCCGCCAAUGAACACGAAGACGGGCUUCUAGAAUACCUAGAGGAUAUCAUCGGCACUUCUAAGUAUAAGCAGCCAAUCGAGGAAGCCGCGGCGGAACUGGAAACACUCAACGAUGUGUGUGUUGAGAAGAACAACCGCGUUCAACAUGUUGAGAAGGAGAAAACCGCCCUGGUGGACAAGAAAGACAAAGCUCUCGCCUAUAUUCGGGAAGAAAACGAGCUCUCUCAGAAACAGUCGGCAUUGUACCAGAUCUACAUCGAUGAGUGUGCGGAUAAUCUUCGUGUCACGGAAGAAGCAAUCCUUCAGAUGCAGGAGCUUCUGAAUCUUGAGCUCGAGAAACACGAAGGAAGCGAGUCGGGAAUCAAAGAGCUGGAAAAGGCGUACAAGCGCGCAACAAAGGAGUACGAGCGCAUGGAGAAGGAGGUUCAGGAACUAGCGAAAGGAAUGGCCAAGUAUGACAAGGAAUCUGUGAAGUUCGAGGAAAAGAAAAAGUUCUUGGUGGGAAAGCAGAAGAAGCUGGAAAAGACCAUGAACACUGCUCGCCUUGCCGCUUCUGAAUGUCAGAGCUUGGUUAAGAAGCACACUGACGACAUUGAGAAGAAGAGCAAAGAGACUGCGGAACUCGAGAAAGAAGUUGAAGUCGAGGAGGAAGAACUUUCUAGCAUCCGUGAAAGCCUCAAGGGCAAGACGCAAGGCCUGUCAGAUCAGAUCUCCGCAAAACAGAAGUCACUCGAACCUUGGGACGAAAAGAUUAACCAAAAACAAUCUGCACUUGCUGUCGCCCAAAGUGAACUCGACAUUCUCAAGGAGAAAAGCAACGCUGGAGCAGUUUUACUCUCAGAAGCACAGUCCAAGAUCUCAUCCAUCGAAGAGCAUAUCGCUACGAAAGAGGAGGACCUGGAGGAAUGCAAAGCGCAACGGUCCACUCUAGAUGAGGAAGUGGCUCAACUCAAGCACGACCUGAAGAAAUACAGCGCUAGAGAGCCCGAGGUCCGCUCACAUGUCUCGAGUGCUCGGCAAAAAGCUGAGGAGGCUAGAGCUACUGUUGCGAGCACACAGAACCGUGGUAGCGUGUUGACAGGGCUUAUGCGUCUCAAGGAAUCUGGCCGUAUUGAAGGAUUCCACGGUCGACUUGGAAAUCUCGGUACAAUUGAUGAGCAAUACGACGUCGCUAUCUCAACAGCUUGUCCUGCACUUGAGAACAUGGUUGUGGACACGGUAGAGGUCGGACAACAAUGCAUUGACUACCUGCGAAAGAACAACCUUGGCCGUGCCAACUUUAUCCUUCUAGACCGACUUCCGAAGCGAGACCUGUCUACAAUAUUCACACCUGAGAAUGUUCCGCGCCUCUUUGAUCUAGUCAAGCCCAAGGACCCCAAGUUUGCUCCCGCUUUCUACAGUGUGAUGCAAAAUACGCUUGUUGCAAAAGACCUAGAGCAAGCCAACCGAAUUGCCUACGGUGCCCGACGGUGGAGAGUAGUCACUCUCGACGGUCAGCUCAUCGAUACUUCGGGUACGAUGAGUGGUGGCGGUACUCGUGUUGCUCGCGGGGCGAUGUCGUCAAAACAAGUCGGCGAUAUUAGCAAGGAGCAAUUGGUCCAGAUGGAAAGCGACCUUGAGGAGAUGGAAAAGAAAUUCCAGCACUUCCAAGAGAAACAGCGACGAGUGGAGGCAGCUCUGCGAGAAAAGACCGAGGAGAUUCCCCGAGCCGAGACCAAGAUCCAGAAGAUCAUGAUUGAGAUUGAUAGUGCGAAGCGCAGUCUUGCCGAUGCCCAGCGACGUGUCCAGGAGUUGAGCAAAGCGCACGUACCUUCCAAGACUGACGCAGGACGAGUCAAGGCCCUGGAGCAACAGAUUGCUUGCCUCGAGGAGGAGAUUGAGGACCUCCGUUCACAGAAGAGUGGAAUUGAAGAAGAUAUCCAGGCUCUUCAGAACAAGAUCAUGGAAGUUGGUGGUGUCAGACUGCGCGGUCAAAAGGCCAAGGUCGACGGGCUCAAGGAACAGAUUCGCCUCCUCUCCGACGAAAUUUCAAAUGCCGAGGUUGGCAAGUCAAAGAACGAGAAGCUCAUCAAGAAGCAUGAAAAAGCUCGCGCAGAUUCUGAACUGGAGCUUGCCCACGUGGCUGAAGAGCUCGAGAAGUUGAACGAGGAUGUCGCCAACCAAGCCAGUGACGCGUCUGGGUGGAAGGACAAGGUGGACGAGGCGCAAGAAGCCCUAGACACCAAGAAGCUCGAGCUCAAGAGUCUCAAAUCUGAACUGGACGAGAAGGUGGCUGAGUUGAACGAAACCCGUGCAACGGAGAUUGAGAUGCGCAAUAAGCUUGAGGAGAACCAGAAGGCCUUGACAGAGAACGAGAAGCGAAGUCGCUACUGGCAGGAGAAGCUCUCCAAGCUGACAUUACAGAACGUUAGCGACUUGGGCGAGGAACAGCAGCCUACUGAAUUCCAGACGUUCACAAAAGAUGAAUUGUCCGAGAUGAACAAGGAUUCGUUGAAGGCAGCCAUUGCAGCUUUGGAAGAGAAGACACAAAACUCGUCAAUAGACCUUUCGGUUAUCGAGGAGUACCGCCGCAGGGCUGCAGAGCAUGAGUCGCGUUCUGCUGACCUGGCAACUGCAUUGGCCACACGCGAUAGCGCCAAAGCUCGCCUUGACGGACUUCGGUCGGCUCGUCUCAACGGCUUCAUGGAGGGCUUCGGUAUUAUCUCCCUCCGCUUGAAGGAGAUGUACCAGAUGAUCACCAUGGGAGGAAAUGCGGAGUUGGAGCUGGUGGACUCUCUUGACCCGUUCUCGGAAGGUAUCCUGUUCUCUGUGAUGCCGCCGAAGAAGAGUUGGAAAAACAUCGGAAACUUGUCUGGUGGUGAGAAGACGCUUUCCAGUCUGGCACUGGUCUUUGCACUGCACCACUACAAACCCACACCAUUGUACGUCAUGGACGAGAUCGACGCUGCCUUGGAUUUCCGAAAUGUCUCCAUUGUCGCCUCGUACAUCAAGGAGAGGACGAAGAACGCUCAGUUUAUAGUCAUCUCCCUCAGAAACAACAUGUUCGAACUUGCAUCUCGCCUCGUCGGAGUCUACAAGGUCAGCCACAUGACCAAGAGCGUGACGAUCGAGAACAGAGACUACAUUAGAGGACGAUAA